AUGCUGUCGUUCGGGAACGGGAGCUCUGCGCACGUGGCGAUCGUGACGGGCGCCGGUCGUGGACUCGGCCGCGCGUGGGCACAGGCGCUCGCGUCUCGAGGAGUCCGUGUUGUCGUGAACGACAAUGACGUCGACCGGUCAUUGGUGGAGGCUGUUGUGCAGUCCAUUUGUAGUCGUGGCGGUGUCGCCGUGGGCGACUUUCACUGCGUGACGGACGGCGCUGCGAUCGUGAAGACGGCUAUGGAGCAUUUCAAGCGCGUGGACAUCUUGAUAAAUAAUGCUACCGUUAUCCGUGACGGAUCAUUUCGCAAGAUGACGGAGAAGAACUGGGACGACGUCUAUCGUUCAAGUUUGCUGGGAACUUUUCGCGUGACGCAGGCCGUGUGGAGUAUCAUGCGGCAGCAAAAGUACGGCCGGAUUCUCAAUUGCGUGUCUGGUGCUGGCCUUUAUGGCAACUUUGGGCAGGUGAACUACGCUGCUAUGAAAAUGGGGCUCGUGGGCUUUACUGUGGCCCUCAAUCAGGAAGGUGCCAAGUACAACAUUGCCGUGAAUGCUGUGUCUCCUGUGGCUGGCACGCGCCUUACCCAGCCAGUGUGGCCCGACGAUGUGUACGCCAAGCUGACGCCCGAGUUGACGUCGCCAAUCAUUGUGUACUUGUGUCACCCGUCGUGCAAAGACAACGGUGAGCUGUUUGAACUGGGUGGAGGUUGGGUUGGCGCUCUUCGUCUGCAGCGCACGCAUGGUGUUGGCUUCCCCACAGACUCCACGCAGUUUACGCCUGAGCUCGUGGCCGAGCAAUGGCGAGGUGUAGUGGAUUUUAGCCGUGUGACCCAUCCGACGUCCACACAGGACUCGUUCGAGCCCAUGAUGCGCAACGCGACGGCACCGCCCAAAUCUCUGACUACCUCGCGUUCCAUCGAGUGUGCCGAGGUCUUCAAUCGACUGCGAGCUACACUGCAGGAAAAGGGACAGGCUCUCAGUAAGCAGAUUUCGGGCGUGCUCGAAUGGCACAUCAACAAGGAGGUCUGGACGAUAUCGUUGUUGAAUGGCAAAGGCAUUUUAAUCGAAGGGAGCGAUCCGCGGUUGGCACCUGAUCUCCAGAUUCACAUGGACGAGCAAGACUUUCUGGAUUUGGCGGCAGGUCGACUGCGGAUGCAGCAGGCACUUAUUCGGAAGAAGCUGCGCCUGCAGGGCAACCUCAAAAUGGCCAUGAAGCUGCAGCCGUUUGCGGAUCUUUUGCUGCAGCAGUACAGCGCGCGGCUAUGA